AUGAAAGCAAUGAAGGGGAGGUUCCUAAAGAAACUGAAUAUCGUCUCAACACUCAAGAGAGGCCUAGCUCUCCAGCAUCUUGACCCUGGUGACAAAAUCCCGACUCAGGAUGAUCACAGCCCGCUAUAUGGCAUCCCUGACCUGCUGAACGGCGUCAAAGGCAUCAAGGAUGGACAGGAGGACGACUGCUCGUCCAUGGAGUCGGUGCACGAUGACUUUGAGGAUGCAAACUCAUCAGCCCCUGAGAGCGUGGAGUUCCCACUUUCAGGAGGAGAAGCUUCAACUGAUUCUGAGACUUGCAGCCCCAGAGAAGACUGGACUCCCGAGACAGGGACGUUCCUGCAGACCGAGGAGAGUUGCCCUCCAGGAGGGGGUGGUGCUGGCUCAGUCAUAUUCUACUCCACGAGCCUGAGAGGAAUCCGUAAGACGUUCGAGGACUGCAGCAGAGUUCGCUUCCUGCUCAGAAGCUUCAGGGUGAGGUUCGAGGAGAGGGACGUGUCAAUGCACCGAGAGUACAGGGAGGAGCUGUGGCAGGUCUCUGGCGGGGAGAGAGCAGUUCCGCCGAAGCUCUUCGUAAGGGGAAGACUCAUUGGAGGAGCGGAUGAGGUUGUCGGACUGCACGAGCGGGGGGAGCUGAGGGACAUUCUGCAUGGGAUCCCUCUCAAUCCCUCCAGGGGCCCUUGUGUGCAGUGCGGAGAUUUCUGGUUUGUGAUAUGCUCGAAUUGCAGCGGAAGUUGCAGGAUCGUUGCAGACACCGAGAAGAGGAUCAAGUGCCCUGAGUGCAACGAGAACGGUCUCGUGAGAUGCCCCAUCUGCUGA